AUUCGCCCAGCCAACGUAAGCGUUGUUAGUAGGAAGAAGAAGAAGCCGAUUCUGGAAGCCAUUACGUUGCGCACAUUAAUUGAGUGAAUCCUACUAUUUGUGCGUACAAUACGCACAAUUACCUCUCCAAAAAGAGCAGUUUCUGCAAUUAUGGCAUCGGUCGCGAAAAAAAGAAAAAUGAAUUUCUCGGAGAGAGAGGUGGAAAUUAUUGUGGAAGAAAUAGAGAAACAAAAGCACACACUAGUUAACCACUUCAAUGCUGGAGUCACCCACAUGGCAAAGAAUAACGCGUGGGUGGAUAUUCUGAAAAAGGUGAACGCUGUCACCACCUGUCCCAGAGAGUUGCCCGAGGUGAAAAAGAAGUGGUCUGACAUGAAGACGGAGGUCCGGCGGAAAGUGGCCCAGGCACGGGCUGCUAUGGAGGGAAUCUCCGCUGACUGCACUCCAGUUCCCGUCAUCCUCACCGCUAUGCAGCAGAGGAUCUGUAACCUCCUGGGGGAGGCCACCAUCAUCAGCUUACCUGCAGGAGACUCGGAUGCUGAGAUAACUUUACCUGUUACAGUGAACACUGCCACCACCGUCACACUAGCAGACACGCUUCCAUCCGGCUCAGGUACAGACUGUGAUGAAGCAAAGCCACUCACUGAAACAACUUACCAUACCCUGGAGGAUGGAGGCGUAGUGGAGUACUGCACCACCACUGUGAGUGACUCCACUCCCACUGUAGCAGCCGUUGAGGCUCCAGUGGAGAUGCUGGCCUCAUCCUCAGCUUCCCCACCUCCUCCCCAGGGUCAGGCCAAACCUCAGGAGCUGAAGAGCCGCAUUGCCCUCAACUCAGCCCGCCUGCUGCAGGAGCAGAGAGUCACCAACGUCCACAUCCGACAGAUAGCCCAGCACCUGGAGGGCCAGAACGAGCUCCUGCAGAUGAUGCGGCGCUCCCAGGAGGCUCAGGCAUUUGCCCAGGAAAGACAGGCCCAGGCCUUGGAAGGUACCCAGGCUGCCCUGCUAGCAUUAGUGCAGAUGCUCAGGCCUGCUCUCAAAGACCUGCGAAAAUUCCUGCAGAGUGGGAAUGAGGUCACAAACCCCAGCAGCUCAGCAGCAGCAGCAGCAGCAAUAGCUGAUGGGGCAGGAACAGAGGAGCAGAGCAGGCCCAAAACACCUCCCUGUCCUCCACAGCAAGCUGAGGAAACACAUUAGUGCUGUUUGUGUGUGUGUUUGUGUGUGUUUGUGUGUGUGUGUGUGUGUGUAUGUGCGUGUGUGCGCAUGUGUGUGUACGCGUGUGCGUGUGUGUACUGCCUCCUGUCUGCAAUGUACAUAGAGGAGUCCUUGCACACAAGCUUCAGAGAACAAUGAAAUGCUUUUUUCUUUUUAAGUUGCCUUGGUGUGAGCAUGUACAUAAUUCUUCUUAUGUUUAAUGAUUUGGAAAAACAGUCACAGAAGCAGUGAGAAGGUUAUGUUUAACAUUAUUUUUACUUUUUACCGUCUGUCAUUAAUUAGCAAUGAAUUUAUGUUAUUUAAUACAUUGGAUUUGAUAUUGAAAAUAUGUUUUUAAUGCAAAGAUGCAAGUAGUCAUCACCCUGAUGUGGGCUAAACAAUUAAAUCUUAGUUUCUUCAAGUUGUCCUGCAGUUUACCCUGAAUGAAAACUAAUUAUAAGACCAGAAUCAGCUGGGUUCUACAGUUAGUGUGCACCAUGUGUUCAGAAUUUAAUAAAACCUGAAGCCCCAUCGGCCUGUUUUCCAUACAGGGUGCAUCACUAUUAAUCAACCAGAAGAGGUCAGUGUGUGCCAGCUUCACCACUGGUGGCGCAGCAGCAGUGUUGUUUUAAAGCAUCUUAAAUUAAGAUAAAAUAUGUGUGUUAUGUGGAAUAGUUUUU